GGAAGAUGGCGGCAGCGGCGGUGGCUGCGGCGGCCGAGCAGCAAAGUUCCAAUGGGCCUAUAAAGAAGUCUAUGCGGGAGAAGGCUGUUGAGAGACGGAAUGUUAAUAAAGAGCACAAUAGUAACUUUAAAGCUGGAUAUAUUCCAAUCGAUGAAGACCGUCUCCAUAAAACAGGACUAAGAGGAAGAAAGGGCAAUUUAGCCAUCUGUGUGAUUAUCCUCCUCUUUAUCCUGGCCGUCAUCAAUUUAAUUAUCACACUUAUUAUCUGGGUUGUGAUUCGCAUUGGACCAAAUGGCUGUGACAGCAUGGAGUUUCAUGAAAGUGGUCUGCUUCGAUUUAAGCAAGUAUCUGACAUGGGAGUUAUACAUCCUCUUUAUAAGAGCACAGUAGGAGGAAGGCGAAAUGAAAAUUUGAUCAUCACUGGUAACAACCAACCUGUUGUUUUUCAGCAAGGGACAACGAAGCUCAGCGUAGAGAAGAACAAAACUUCCAUUACUAGUGACAUUGGUAUGCAGUUUUUCGACCCAAGGACUCAGAAUAUUUUAUUCAGCACAGACUAUGAAACUCAUGAGUUUCAUUUGCCAAGUGGAGUGAAAAGUUUGAAUGUUCAGAAAGCAUCUACUGAAAGGAUUACCAGCAAUGCUACUAGUGAUUUAAAUAUAAAAGUUGAUGGACGUGCUAUCGUGCGUGGAAAUGAGGGAGUAUUCAUUAUGGGCAAAACCAUUGAAUUUCGUAUGGGUGGUAAUAUGGAAUUAAAGGCUGAAAAUAGCAUCAUCCUAAAUGGAACUGUCGUGGUCAGCACAACUCGCCUGCCCAGCUCGUCCACUGGAGACCAGUUCACUAAUGGUGACUGGGUACGCUACAAGCUCUGUAUGUGUGCUGAUGGGACUCUCUUCAAAGUACAAGUAACAAGCCAGAACAUGGGCUGCCAAAUCUCAGACAACCCCUGUGGAAACACUCAUUAGAAGAGCCCCAGAGGUCAUCAAUAUGUUCAUAUCUUGACUUAGUUUUUUUUAAGAGUAUGCAUGCCAGUCAUUGUUUUUCCAGAGUUUGUAAUAACUCAGUGUAAUUAUUUUGUCUGCAGAACACUACUUUAUCUACUAUGUUAUCUCCAUACUUAAAGUAUUCUGAGAGCCAAAAUUCCAAUACAUUUUAUUAAGUUGCACUGAUCUUGAAAUUACAGUUCUCUAAAAUAGUUGAGAGAAGUGAGUAAAAAAAGAAAAUCAUUUAAAGAGGUGUUUUUAAAAUUCCACUAUUGCUUGCCCAAAGGAUACAGGGCUGAGAACUGUUUCAACUCACUAUAAGUAAGCUCUUGGUAGCUGUAAUGGGGAUAGACCCACUUAAGAUGUUUAAAAGGUACUCCGUCAAUAAGUGUUACAUGCUGUCUUUUGGCUUCUGAAAGGAAAGACAGAUUUUGAGUGCAUUAGCUUUGAACCAUACUCUCUUACACACAAGUAAAGUCACUACAGACCUUUACAUACUGAGGUAGUAAGAAAUUGGUUCCUUAGCUUUGCACUAGGGAGAAAAUAUAAUAGACUGUUUACUUGAAAUAAUGAUAACUUUUUAUUAAGUGUUCACGAUGUGGUAGACAUUAAAACACAACCUCAGCUUUAACUUUUAAAUAAUAAUAAUGAUAGCUGUCGUUUAUGGAGCGUCUUAUGCAUCCUAGGCAUUGUCCUAGGCCUUGCGUGUUUAGUAUCUCUAAUUCUCACCACAACUCUGUAUUAUUGUCCCAGUUUUACCUAUUAGGAAACUGAGGAUCAGAGACGUAAAGAAACUUGCCUGAGUUCACAUAGUAAGUGGCAGAGUUGGGAUUAGAAUCCAGGUGCUAUUCAAGCCUAGGGUAUCUGAUUCCAAAUAUCUUCUUUUCACUGUCUGCACUGAAUUUUUAAUUAUUUAAAACUCUAGAAAGAUGAACAAAAACUAAUUCAAACUUCCCUAAGCAGAUAAGAAUAAAACAAAGCAAGUGUGCUUACUCAACCCAAAACCAAGUUAAAAUAAAUCUCAUGUCAGCACAGAAUGACCCAUCACUGUCAGAUUUUAAAAUGUCUUAAGCCAAUUCCAAAAUAUUAUACGUUACAGAGGUCAAAUUCGCCUAGCUGUGGGUUACCCCAAUUUCCCAACUGAUGGGUCUUGGCACACUGGAGUACCUGAAUGGGUAACAAUAUGCCAAGAUACCCUUGGGGUACCACAGUGGGAAGUGGGGAGACCAUAGUUGCUGGGUACAUCCUGCUGGCUAGGAGUGGCCUGGUGGGGUUAGUCCAUUGUGCCAUACAAAUAUUAAGCAUGCCUUGAAAAAAGUAGGGAAGCACUGGACUAAAAGGUGCUAAUGCAGGAGAUAAUACAAGUAAUUUUUAAGUAUGAGAAUUUAUCUCUGCUCCUAAUAUCACCAUCCCAUUGUACUUAUUUACAACCCUCCACCUUUUUUUUUUACCCAGUGGAUUUUUAAUGUAUUUUAUAGUUGACUUGAGAGAAACUCUGGUAUUUAUUAUUAAUACACACACAUCCUCAGAGACAGGGACCCUAAAGUAGUUUGCUAUGAAAUGGCAGUAGAAAUAAUCAUAGGCCCCACCCUGCAUUCGAGCACAGCAAUAUUCUACCAUGGUCACUUUGAACUGUGUAGAUAAGAAAAUAAAUUCAGAAAACUAAUGGUAUUCAAUAUUGUUACAGUUCUCUCUGACAGAAAAACCAAAUACCUUAGAGAUUAUGACGAAUCAUUAAAUUAUACUGAAAUAGGAUUGAUUUCCCACCUCAUACUGAGUGUAGUUUUUAAAUGAAAAAAAAAAAGAGAUUUAUGACCUCUGAGUGUUAUUAGUUGUAAUGAUAUUGAGAAUCCAUUUGAAUAUAUCCACUGUCAUAAAGUGUCUGAAUGAUAUUUAGAACCAAUCCAUUGGAAUUUUCAUUUAGAUGUUCAGUAUCUUUUUAAAUUGUACACUCAUUACUUGUCUGCGCUGUGUCGAUUUGUUUUGAAAGUUUCUUUAAAUAUUUUUGCAAAAACCCCAGAACACUAUAUUACAAAGUAUUAUUUAUUGAAUGUAAUUCAUGAAAUAAUCUAUUUUUACUCCUCUUUGACCCAUACUUGGGUUUUUGAUACAUUUCCAUUAAGUACUUUUGACACGAGAGAAUAUUUUGAUGCUUUUAUAGAGUUGAUUAUUAAGGUGACAGGUAAUAGCAUUUUAGGACACCUAACAGGCAGGGCUAGCUUUUUCACUGCAACGUAGUCCUGGAAAAUACGUUGGAAAGCAGAAGAACAAACCGCCCAUUUUACCUGUGACCUAUUUUGAUUAACAUAAAGCUUCAGUUACUCAUCUUGCCACCAGGUGGUGCUUUUCUACAAACUGAACCCCUAACUUUGUCUCUUCCAGCUGAAAGUUCAUCCCUUCAGUGAGCAUUGAUAGGACAAGCAGCUGACUUGGGGAUGGUGGAUGGUGAAGGCAGGUUCCCAGGAGGGGGAAGACACAUGCUUGUUAAAAUAGUUGUAGUAUUUUAGAGGUGGAUUGCAGUGACGAAGGGGACAAAUAAAGAAAUGCAAAAUAUUUUUAGAGACUGUCUAAUGAACAGAUAGGAAAAAUGCAAAACAACACAAUGUGGGAGCUGCCCAUACACGGUCUACAAUAUUUAAACAUCUUUGUAUUCUUUUUGCAUUAUUAAAAAACAAAGUUUGUGACAGAUUUGAUGAUGAAAGGUAGAAGUUCUACCUAGUGUUUCUUAAGAGGGUGAGAAUGACCACUGAAAUGCUGAUCAUUUGAGUAAUCUUUUUUUAAAAAGUGUUGAAAGGGGAAAAGAUUACAAAUUAUGCUGUACAAAAAUAAGCCUAUAAAUCUGAUUCAGAUGGCAAACUUGAGUUUCAGUUAAUUUGUAACAACUAUUAAUGACCUCUCUUUAAAAUAAAGAUUCUGCCAAUUGUU